CACAGCCGGGGGUUCGCCCAUUUAUUAAUUUAUUGUUCGCCAUUAAUAUGGCGUAUCAUACAUCACUGGUUCAACAUGACGAACAAAAACGCUUCAGCAAAUCAAUCUGUUGACAGAAUAGCACUCGGGAUGAAACCCUAAUGUGUGAAUUUUACAUUUAGUUGAAGGUUUUCUUAGGAAGUUGCGUUCUUUAUUCUCUAAUCGACCUGGUAGGUUUCGAUUUUUGAAGAUUAAAUGUCGGGAACUUCGCGGUCUCGUGUAACCAUUACCCUCGGCGGCUCAGGGCAGGUGGUAAAAAGGGAUGGAAGUUCAAUACAUACUCCUUAUAUGGAGUCACCUCCACUUGUAGGAAGCAAGAGACCAGUUCAGGAAAGACUUGGAAACAAUGCUGAUCCAUAUGCCGAUUUCAACUAUAAGAGAUUACGCAAUGAUGAUAGAACUGCCAACUCUGUCGAUGACACCUACCUCCGUAAAGAUGACCUCCGUUUCAAAAUUAUGCAAAAGAAUCGAUCGAAGCAAAGUCAAAGCAGCCAGCCCAAUGUGCCAGAUCUUCGCAAUAUCCUGUCAAGGCCCGCUCAAUCUUCCACAAAUAGUGUAAUCACAAGGGACAGGAUGCCCGAGUCAAAGGACACAAGACCUCGAUAUCCAGAACCAACAAGUGACGGCCAGCACCUCAAAGAAACCAGACACCGUCAACCUUUAAUUCCUAUGGCAAGAAAUCCUAGCCUGCAUUUAUCCGAGAUUCGGGCACCCGAUCCUAGGAAACAGCACAUGUUAGAACCCAGGGAAAUUGGACGAACCAUUCUUGCGACAAAAGAUUUUGGGCAUCCUCUGCCCCAGCGGAGGGAAUCGAUUCCUUUAACCAGAAUGGAUACAGUCAUCAGUAAGCAUUCUCCAUGGACUUUGGAACGUUUGAGGCAAAGAUCACCUGAUGAGUCCCUAGCAACUUCUAGAGGUCCUGUAGCACCAAAUAGACGUGAUAUACUGCAAGAAAAACUGGCAGUUAGGGCACAUGAUGAUGUUAGGAUGAGCACAUGCAUUAAUAAGGAUGCUUCACCUGUUGGACAGAUGAAGACUGGCGCACCAGUGUCGGCCCAACUGCCUCAGCCUCGGAAUCUCACCCAAAGGAGUCCGUAUAUGGUGGACGAUCAAGUUACUGUGGACAGCUUUUUGCGUUCAUUGGGUCUAGAAAAAUAUGCUAUUCUCUUUAAGGCUGAAGAAGUUGAUAUGUAUUCUUUGAAGCGAAUGGCUGAGAGGGAUCUUAAAGAGUUAGGAAUCCCUAUGGGGCCCAGAAAGAAAAUUCUACUUGCAUUGCAGCCUCGUUUGAGACAACAAGCAUGAUUUUCUCAUUUGACAUGGGUGAGAUAUAUACAUGGUGCAUUGUUGCUGCUAUUGUGCUUUUGGUGGAGAGUUGAGCUAAAGAACAAACCAGUUUGUUUUGGUGAGCGUUCAUGAAUGGACAUACAUUUAACUGUUGUCUUCUUAAGAGAUGUAUGUUUUUUUACCUUUAACUUGUUCUGUUAUAUGACAAAUUUGUGUAAACUCUGCUUGCUGGCAUGUUCUUAUUAGCAUUUUACUCCAUGAAAAGCACCAAUGUCAAAUUAGCUUUACCUUAGUAAUAACCAACCAUGUUCAGUUGUGGCCGCCCUAAAGAAUUGAUGCAUGUGGGUUUUCUCUGUCAUGUUCUUGCUUGUUUGAAUAGUUUCUAUUUGUUGUCCUAACUUGUGUUUGGAUACUGUAUAUGUAUAUAAAACCAUAUGAC